GACCCCCGCCGCGACGAGGACGCGUUUCUCCGUGCGGCUCGUUCGCAGUGGAGCGGAUGAGCUCUUCCGCUUCGGCUGCAGCCGUGCUGUCACAGCGGGAGGAUGAACAACCAGAAAUGUAGCACUUUACACCAGAAACCGAGAGGACGGACGAGGAUCAUACAGUGUAUCUAUGUGGUGGGCUUCAUGGACUUGUUUGGGGUGAGCAUGAUCAUCCCACUGCUGAGCCAUCACGUGAAAGCUCUUGGAGCCAGUCCCACUGUGGCCGGUAUAGUAGGGUCUACAUAUGGGAUCUUACAGCUCUUCUCAAGCACAAUAGUUGGCAGCUGGAGUGAUGUGGUGGGACGGAGGUACUCUCUGCUGACCUGUCUGCUGCUGAGUGCUCUAGGCUAUGGCCUGCUGGGGAUGUCCACCAGCAUUGCUUUGUUUGUCCUUGCACGGAUACCUGUGGGGCUGUUCAAGCACUCCCUGUCAAUCUGCAGAGCGCUACUGUCUGACCUGGUGUCUGAGUCAGAGCGCCCCCUGGUGAUGGGACACUUUAAUGCCGCCUCCAGCGUUGGCUUCAUCCUGGGCCCUGUGGUGGGUGGCUACCUCACAGAGCAUGAAGGCGGAUUUUAUACUUCUUCCUUUACUUGUGCAGCCAUCUUCCUCAUUAAUGCAGGAAUGGUGUGGAUGCUACCAUGGAGCGAGACGCUAGUUCCCCGUAAUGAUACUAACUCCAGCAACGACACAAGUAAACGUUGUCAUGACAACCACUGUAGUAAGUCUGUACACAAUGGUUCUCAUGCAAAUAGACACGACAGAUUGCUGGCAGUAGGCACUGAACCAGGCUCCAGAGCUGCAGGGAAGCACCAAGGCGGUCUCAGGUGGAGGGAGGUCUCUCUGCUCCAGCCUGCCUGGAGACAGCUGUCGUCAGUGGGCUCCAAGAUCCACAUGGUAGCCUCCUCUGACAUGUGGGACCUCUUUCUGGUGCGUCUUUUGAUGGCCAUAGCUAUCAUGCUUUACUACAGUAACUUCUCUCUGGCCAUGGAGGAGCGUUUCUCACUUAAACCAAAGAUGACAGGUUAUCUGAUCAGCUACAGCAGCACCUUAGGGGCCCUGGCUGGGUUCCUGGUGGGGCCAGUCACACAGCUCUAUAAGAAUAAUAUGCCUGCUCUGCUGCUUCACUCCACAGUGCUCACCUGUUCACUUAUUUUCCUCUAUGCUGCUGCGCCCAGCGUCUGGCAGGUGCUUCUCACCUCCACCUUCUUUGCAAUUUCCACUACCAUUGGACGGACAUGUAUCACAGACCUAGAGCUGCAGAGGGGAGGGGUCCAGGCCAGCGGGACUCUGAUUGGUGCCGGGCAGUCAGUUACAGCUGUGGGUCGCGUCCUGGCUCCCCUCCUUUCUGGUCUGGCUCAGGAGUUCAGCCCUUGUGGUCCCCCUAGUCUGGGAGUGGUCCUUGCUCUAGCAGCUGUAGGGUUACUGCUCAUCAGGAUCCCCGAAUGGGACGGGAGAGGAAUGACAAAAACAGCCAAACUCUGAAACUCUGAGCACCUGAAUGAAUUUAAAAUUAUGACAAGCAAUGCACAUCCACCACCCAGAGAAGUGCUCUUAUUUGUAGGCAGCCAGGUGUGAAGGACUCACAGUGGGAAGAAUGUGUCCCACUCGAGCAUGUUUCUUGACAAGCUGCCUUUUUGCGGACAAAUUUGUGGGUCAAAAAGGCUCGUCGCCACCAGCAUCGCAGUCCUUCUUUGGGAGAAAGGAUUUCAAAAUUCAAGAGCAGCGCUGAGGUGAAGUCGGGGCUGAAACAUGUAAUCUGCUUCCCCCUUUCCUGAAGUUUGAUCAGACAGAAACAUAUGGGGCCUGUAUUGGUACAUAUUGUGACAGCUUGAUUGAAAACAGUGUACACUUUAAUUUUUAAUAUAAUUCUCUAACCACUACAUUGUCCAAAUUCCCUUAAGUAUGUAGCACUGCUGAUGACACACUACACACCUGAAGAACUUCUACUGCUCCACCAAAAUACAAGAAGAGGAAGGUGAUACUCUGUUCAUAUUCCAGGCAGUUAUACUUCAGACAUUCAUAAAUAAGUGGGGAAACUGGACCUGCCUGACCACAAGGUAGAUCUUAUUGUUCUACUUUUGGAGGAGCCAAGUUGGUUUACACAUUUUUACCUCAAUACCAGGUGUUUCUCCUAAUGCACUGCAUCAGAAAUAGUUCCUAUGGUGGUAUUUGAGCAAAUGUUUGCUCUAGUUCUUGACUGUUGAAUUUUAGUUAGUGAGAUUUGUUAAUUUAUCUUAGGAUAUGUUUAAAUGGACAUUUAAAGAAGUGAUUUGUUAUGAUUUGUUUUGUAAAGUCAAUUGAAUUCGGGCAUCACUUUCGUUUCAAAACCUAAAUACUAACUGGUUAAGAAGGAAAAUAGUGUAAAUGUAUGUUAAGAAGUCACUGAAUCCUUGAAGUACAUAUCAGAUUCAUGCCAAAAAGUCACAAGGAAUAAACAACGUUUUGUAUAUUUGA